UUAUAAUACUUAUAAUUUUUAAUUAUUUUUGUCAUCGUAAAAUUCGUAAAUCGUAAUUCAAUUGGGCUUUGGAUCUUUGACUCUGAUACAGGUUGUAAAAAAUGGAACAAAUUGUACAGGAUGAAAGUGGACAAUAUUUCUGGUUCAACAAAGACAGCAUAUUUUAUUUAUUGUUUACAUGUAUGUAACAAAUUGAGAUUUCGCUAUAACAUCAUUGGUCAUACUAGAAGUAAAUAUUUUGAAUUAUUAAAAAUAUUACAAAAUAAUUUUAUACUUCAUACUUCUCGAUAAUUAAUCUAAUAAUGUCAACUGAAAAUCUUGGUGCAGCUAAUAGCAAAUGAUUAUUAAGUUGCAAUACUUCCAAAUAUCGGUAAUAAUAUUUCCAUUUUUAAAUUAAUAUUAACUAUUUCUGUGGGCGGGAUAAUGGAUAAAUCAAACGAUGAUUUUAAAUUUGACAUUCUUGACAGAUGACAAUUUUAUCGUUUUAUUGCGUUUGCAAAUUCUGUUCAAACUUUUUCUACUAGAGAAUGGAUGAAUAAAACGCACCUAUAGCACUGGGUUUAUAGGUUGGCAACGCUGGGGGCAGCCAUCAUUAUCAUUACUUCAUCCAUCAUUUUCUUAUCUCAAGUUGUUGUUACAUGCUGUUACAUUUGAAAUAAAUGUGUAAUUAAUUAUAAAUGAUCUGUAAAACGGUAAAACAGUGAAACAAAGAAAAAAUGGAUAGACCACCGCCAAAAGGCCGUGGAGCAGCUUUAUUAGCAAAGCGACUCCAAAUGCAAAAAGAGGAGAAAGCUAUUGGUGUUGAGCCUGAAGCUGCACCUGAAGAAGAGCCACCAAAGCCGAGGGGUAGGGCUGCCCUGUUACAAAAAAUGCGUGAAAAACGUAUGUCUAAACCAGGUGGAGAACCUGAAAGCAAAGCAGAACCUUCCCCUUCACAAAGCAUUAUUCCUGAAUCGAAGGAAAAAAUAGAACAAAUAACCAAGGCUGUCUCAGAAAUUAGUUUUUCUGAAAAAGAUCCUGUCUUCUUUAAGGGUGAUGCAGGCAAGCCCAUACAACUGUCAGCAAAUCAUAUUAAACUAAGUUUGGAAAAAGAUAGGGGUGUAUAUGAAUUUGAGGUAAAGUUCAAUCCAGAUCUAGAUGCAAAAAAUAAACGUAUGAAGGCCACAGCUAUUGUCAUGAGAGAACUUGGCUUGCCAAAAGUGUUUGAUGGAGGAAACGUGUUGUAUUUACCCCGAAAAAUCGUAGACACCACCAAAACGUUUAUGGCUAAAUUACCCGGCCCAGACGGAGAUGAAGAAAUAGCUGUUACGAUAAUCUACAAAAGAAAGAAGAAUCUAGCAGAAAGGGAAUGUCUUCAUCUCUAUAAUGUUUUAUUCAAACGCAUCAUGCAUAUUCUUUUGUACACGCAAAUGGGACGAAAUUAUUUUGAUACCAACCACAAGUUUCUAAUUCCUCAACACAAGUUGGAAGUAUAUCCCGGAUUUGUGGUAACUGUUGACGAACUAGAAGAUGGUUUGAUGUUGUGUCUCGAUACACAGCACAAAGUUCUUAGGACUCAAAAUGCUUACGAAUUAUUGGGUGAAUUGAGGUCUUCAAACCCUGAUCCUCGCCGGUUUAAAGAACUGGCCACGGCAAACAUUAUCGGGUCUUGCGUUUUUACUCGAUACAAUAACAAAACUUACACCAUACAGGAUAUCGCUUGGGACAUGACUCCGCAGGAUACUUUUCCUAAUAGAGAUGGUGAAGCGAUUUCUUUCAUCGAUUAUUACAAACACCAACACAAUAUAAUCAUUAAGGAUAUCAAUCAGCCGUUGUUGAUAAAUAGAAAAAACGUAAGAGUAUCGGGAAGUGCCGAUAAAGUUGAGAGAAUGGUGUGCUUGGUACCGGAAAUAAGCUAUUUGACGGGUUUGACUGAUACUAUGAGAAGUGACUUUAAGGUUAUGAAAGACGUGGCGCAAUACACGAGAGUAACGCCGAAUCAAAGGCUUCAGGCUUUGAGAGUGUAUCUUGAUAAAGUAAAGAGCUCUAAAGACGCUCAACAGGUUCUAGCGGACUGGGGACUAAAAAUCGCAGAUGACACGUUGAAAAUGCCCGGCAGACAAUUGGACAAUGAAGUCAUAUAUUUCGGUAGAGAUCAGCAAUUCCAGACCAACAAUAAUGCAGAUUGGUCCAGAGCUACUGGAGAAAAUCAGGUGACAGGUCCAGUGGAUAUGACUCACUGGUUGCUUUUCUUCACGGACAGAGACAAAAAAUACGCCAAAGACUUUGCGGACUUGAUGUGUCGAUUGGGCGGCGCCAUGGGUUGUGUUAUAAAACAACCAAGGCCCGUAAGACUGUCCGACGAUAGGACCGACAGUUACAUGAAAGCCUGUCAAGAAAAUAUCACAAAAGAUACGCAGAUCGUUGUGUUCAUUUGUCCGACGAUGCGAACAGACCGUUAUUCGGUAAUAAAGAAAAUAUGUUGCACUCAAAUACCAGUCGCCUCUCAAGUGAUCAACUCUCGAACACUGUCCAAUCCUCAAAAGGUUCGAUCGAUCGUACAAAAAAUCGCAUUGCAAAUGACUUGCAAGCUAGGAGGGACUUUGUGGACUGUGAGAUUUCCUUUCAAGGGUUGGAUGAUAUGCGGCAUCGACGUGUACCAUGGAGGACCAAAAGGGGGGUCCGUGUGUGGAUUCGUGGCCAGUUUAAACGAGAGUAUUUCCAGAUGGUACAGCUUAGCUAUAUUUCAAGAAAAAGAACUUAGCGAUUAUCUCAAGAGUGCUUUCACAAAAAUCUUGGAGGUAUGGAAGAACACCAAUGGACAUUUUCCUUCCAAGAUAGUUGUAAUCAGAGAUGGGGUGGGCGACGGACAAUUGGACCAUUGCAAGAGAUACGAAGUCGAGCAAAUGGAAAGUGUUCUAAGAGAACUGGGGUUAGAUACGAAGAUAUGCUUUGUUGUAGUACAAAAAAGAAUUAAUACAAGGGUAUUUUCAAUAAGUAGAGAUGGUGGUUGUGAAAACCCUCCUCCUGGCACAGUUUUGGACCACACGGUAACGCGCCGCCACCAUUGCGAUUUCUUCCUAGUACCCCAAAACGUCCGGCAGGGUACCGUCAACCCGACGCAUUACAUCGUUCUGCACGAUACAUGCCAACUUAAGCCAGACCAAGUGCAGAGGCUGUGCUACAAAUUGUGCCAUCUGUACUAUAAUUGGCCUGGAACUAUUAGAGUACCAGCGCCUUGCCAGUACGCUCACAAAUUGGCAGCCCUGGUUGGGCAGCACAUCAAGAAAACGCCGAGCGCCCAGUUGGCCGAUAGACUGUUUUAUUUGUAGAUACAUUAUCGUGAAUUAUGUUUAGGAUUUUUGUUGAUUUAUUAUAAGUUUUCAUUUUUUUUUCUCGGGGUGUUAUUGAUAUUAGUGUCGCAAUUUGGUUAUUUUUGCGAAGUCGUUCUGCACAGGAGUUAAAACUAUUCACAUAAUUUUAUUUCCCAUUUUGGAUAUCGUCAGCUUCAGAUGCAACUUGCUUAACUCUAAAAUCGAAAAUUAUUCAGGAGAUGCAAAAAAUAACUCUGAAAGUGAAAAUCUAAUUAAACAAAAACAGUUUGGGAAAUAAUUUUAUUGCUUUACUAGUAGAUUAUAAAAAAUAAUUGAUAUGGUCGAACAAGGGUUUUAUUUGUGAAAAAUCGGUAGUUAGAACAUUUGCGAAAUACAUUUGCUGAAGGAAUUAUAUUCUGUGAAGGAAAACAAAGAAACAUAUUUACAAAUGUGGUAAGUUCUCAUAAAACAAAUUAAAAUCCUUAUGUAUAGUAGAUUUAUUCCAUUAAAUGUUGAAACUUUUCGAGUUUAAUUGGUAUAGGAGUUGGACACAUCAAUGGCAUUACGUGUGUCUUUUUUUCCACCGGUUUGUUGCAACCGUUGUUUCACCGAUGCGGCCUUGAACGUUUUGUGUUGGAUUCUGGUUGACCGUUGAAAUAAAUAACAGUUGACAUACCGCACCGAUGCCAACGUUGCUGCAACAGUUGGAUAAAAAGACACACGUAACUCCUCUCAAGUCCAAUUUUUUUACUCUUUUUUGUCAGUCUAUGAGGCAAACUUGCCCAUUCCUCUGUAUGUCUGAUUUUAAAGUGAAUUCUGUUUUCAUUAUAUUGAAGUGCUCUGAUGUUAGUGACAGUCGGAUCACCUGCCAUUACUGCCGUUCUAUGAAAGCAUUGUUUCGAGAAAAACGCAGUUUAACAUAUUUUGUUUGGCCGCAAAACUAUAUACGGGGAAAUAAUUUUCUAUGAUAUAUUUAGAAACAUGUAUAUGGUAAUACUUUUUUAAUUUUUGGAGAUACGGAGGUUUUCGUAGGACGGCAGAUUAUGAAAGUUUUAAAAAAAGGGAUGAUCUAAAUACUCCAGUGUGUAGGGUUUCGGAUUUAUGAGAGCAAUUUUACAAACAUUUAGGUAGUCAGCUGGAAUAUUUAUAAUUCUUUUUUUUAGUUUUCGCUCGAUAGUGGAGUGCAUUGAAUCGCACUCUAUUUGCGUCUGCCCUUUUUCUAAAAAGUUUUGUUCAAUUGUGUUGUUACUCACUUGUGCGAGGUUCAAAAGUGUAUUGGGAAGAAUUGCGUUUCUAUUUUGUCACAUACAUCCAUCACUGUAAAAAAAUACUUUUUCAAUUGUAAAUAAUAGUAGCAAAUGUGUUGUACUUCAGCAUGGCUCUCAUACCAGAUAAAGCAAUAUCCAUCCAAUGACUGAAUGUCCAUAAUUGUUAAGUUAUGCAUAAAACUUUGUUUUAUAGUAAAGAGCACUAACAUUAGAUUUUUGGGCUCAAUAGAACCGAUUGCAGAUCCAUCGUAAAAACGUUUACACCUUUUUCCUUUCGCGUGUCCUCCUUUAUUUCCUGAUCUUGAGAUAUGUAGCAUAGUCAAUAUUACCACUUUUGUAUCCUACACAUGUAUCACAUUCGUCCUUUUUUUUGUGAAAAUAGGGCUAAAUUGAAACUAUUAUUGAAGGUUUCAAUUGAUACUAAAAUUAGGGUCACCUCAUAAUUUGCAUUUAUUUUAGAAAUUAUUAGUUUUUCAGGUUUUUUUUUCGCUCAUAACAUAGUUUACUAAUCUUGAAUAAAAAAAACUUGUUUUGUUCAAAAUUUAUUAAGAAUAAUGAAAAUGAAAAAUUUAAUUUAAUAUGCUUUUAGUUCAAACAAAGUAAAUUUUAAGGAAUUCAGUAGCGAGUAUUCCCUCCUCUAGCAGUGAUAACAGCUCGCAAACGACGAGGCAUGCUUUGAAUCAGAUUUUGGAUCACACUUCGCGGAAGAUUGUCCAAUUCCUGCACCAGUAUGUCGCGAAGCUCUCCUAAAUUUCUGGCAGCCGGCAUAUGGCCCAGAAAACGUCUACCCAUCUCAUCUGAAACAUAUUCGAUCGGACUUCGAGCAGGCUAAACAAAUCGCGUGGUUUGAACCUCGUCAAGGUAAACAGAAACUAUCCAAGUAGUGUGGGGCUGUGCACUGUUAUGCAUAAAGGUUGCGUCUUCUUCAAGAAUAACCAUGAAUGGUACAAGAAAGUCUUCUAGAACCUCUGUCAGGUACCUAUGCGCAGUCAAAGUCCCAUUCUGGAUAAGGACUAACUCCGUGCGAGCUUUAAAAGAUGUGCCUCCCCAUGACAUAACUGAGCCUCCACCAAAUGGAAGUCGUUCGGCAAUACACGCUUAAGCAUAUUUCUCGCCUCGUCUUCGACAUACUCUUUCUUACACGUCUGUCUGUGUCCGUAAGAUAAAUUCGCGGUUCAUCGGAAAACAAUACGCGAUUUCAAUCCUCUAUUGGCCAAGCCAAGUGUUCUCGUGUAAAAUUCAACCUUGCAAUCCGGUGUUCACGAGAAAGCGGCGGUCCAGUAGCCCUAGUUCUAAGAAGAUAAUCUAGCAGCAUGACGUCGCCUCCUACCUGUUCACUCGCUUAGAGUUCCAUCAAUUUAUUAAUAAAAAAAAUAUAGAACGGCACAUUUAGACCCAAUGUUCAAGACUAUGUGGGCCUUACAAAUAAAUGUUAUAAUAUCACUGAAGAAGAAUUAUGUACUUAGUUAUAAUACUAAUAAUACUACACAAAAUUAGUACAAAUACAGUAACAAUAUCUAAUAUCACACUAUUUAAACCUGAAAAUGUCAACUAACGUUUUUAAGUUUUUUUUUUAAGAGGUCAGUAGUCUUUAUGAUGCUUGGAAGAUCAUUGUACUGUCUUUGACCAUCCGAUUGUAUGGUUCGGUCACCCAAGCAGGUUCUUGCAGCUGUGGUUCUGUAGCAGAAGUUGUUCCUGGUAUUGUAUCCACGAGUGUAUUUAAGAUAUAAGUCAGGUAUGAAUAAAGAUGUCUGAUAUUUAGAGAGGGACUGAAUGUCUAAAAUAUUAUUUGGACGAUACCAAAGAUCUGUAGGAUGACAAAAUGGAAGUUGAAUUUUUUUUCUGA